GCGGACCCAAGAUGGCGGCGUGUGGACGUGUACGGAGGAUGUUCCGCUUGUCGGCGGCGCUGCAGCUGCUGCUGCUCGCGGCGGCCGGGGCCCAGAAACUCACGGGCCAGGGCGGCCAUGGCCAGGGCCAGGGCCCGGGGGCCAACUUUCCGUCCUUUGUAGGGCAGCCUGGAGGCGGCGGGCCGGCCGGUCAGCCCCUGCUCCAGCUUCCUCAGUCAUCUCAGCUCCAGCACCAGCAGCAGCAGCAGCAACAGCAGCAGCAGCAGCAGCAACCGCCUCAGCCGCCGCAGCCGCCUUUCCCGGCGGGUGGGCCUCCGGCCCGGCGGGGCGGAGCGGGGCCCGGCGGGGCCGGCGGGGGCUGGAAGCUGGCGGAGGAAGAGUCCUGCAGGGAGGACGUGACCCGUGUGUGUCCCAAGCACACCUGGAGCAACAACCUGGCGGUGCUCGAGUGCCUGCAGGACGUGAGGGAGCCUGAAAAUGAGAUUUCUUCAGACUGCAAUCAUUUGUUGUGGAAUUACAAGCUGAAUCUAACAACGGACCCCAAGUUUGAAUCUGUGGCCAGAGAGGUUUGCAAAUCUACCAUAUCAGAGAUUAAAGAAUGUGCUGAUGAACCAGUUGGGAAAGGUUACUUGGUUUCCUGCUUGGUGGAUCACCGAGGCAACAUCACUGAGUACCAGUGUCACCAGUAUAUCACCAAGAUGACAGCCAUCAUUUUUAGUGAUUACCGUCUAAUCUGUGGCUUCAUGGAUGACUGCAAAAAUGACAUCAACAUUCUGAAAUGUGGCAGCAUUCGGCUUGGAGAAAAGGAUGCACAUUCACAAGGUGAGGUGGUAUCAUGCUUGGAAAAGGGCCUGGUGAAGGAAGCAGAAGAGAGAGAUCCCAAGAUUCAAGUCUCUGAACUCUGCAAGAAAGCCAUUCUGCGGGUGGCUGAGCUGUCCUCAGAUGACUUUCAUCUAGACCGGCAUUUAUAUUUCGCUUGCCGAGAUGAUCGGGAGCGUUUUUGUGAAAAUACACAAGCUGGUGAAGGCAGAGUGUAUAAGUGCCUCUUUAACCAUAAGUUUGAAGAAUCCAUGAGUGAAAAGUGUCGAGAAGCACUGACGACCCGCCAAAAGCUGAUUGCCCAGGAUUAUAAAGUCAGUUAUUCGUUGGCCAAAUCCUGUAAGAGUGAUCUGAAGAAAUAUCGGUGUAAUGUGGAAAACCUUCCACGGUCCCGGGAAGCCAGGCUCUCCUAUCUUCUCAUGUGUCUGGAGUCAGCCGUGCAUAGAGGGCGCCAGGUGAGCAGCGAGUGCCAGGGGGAGAUGUUAGAUUACCGGCGCAUGCUGAUGGAAGACUUUUCUUUGAGCCCUGAGAUCAUCCUGAGCUGCCGGGGGGAGAUCGAACACCACUGUUCUGGAUUACAUCGGAAAGGGCGAACUCUGCAUUGUCUAAUGAAAGUAGUUCGUGGGGAAAAAGGGAGCCUGGGAAUGAACUGCCAGCAGGCGCUGCAGACACUGAUUCAGGAGACUGACCCUGGUGCAGAUUACCGCAUCGAUAGAGCUCUGAAUGAAGCUUGUGAAUCUGUAAUACAGACAGCCUGCAAACACAUAAGAUCGGGAGACCCAAUGAUCCUCUCAUGCCUGAUGGAACACUUAUACACAGAGAAAAUGGUGGAAGAUUGUGAGCACCGUCUAUUAGAACUACAAUAUUUCAUCUCCCGAGAUUGGAAGCUGGACCCUGUCUUAUAUCGCAAGUGCCAGGGCGAUGCAUCUCGUCUUUGCCACACCCACGGUUGGAAUGAAACCAGUGAACUUAUGCCUCCCGGAGCUGUGUUCUCUUGCUUAUAUAGACACGCCUACCGCACUGAGGAACAAGGCAGGAGGCUGUCACGGGAGUGCCGAGCUGAAGUCCAAAGGAUCCUACACCAACGUGCCAUGGAUGUUAAGCUGGAUCCUGCCCUCCAGGAUAAGUGCCUGAUUGAUCUGGGAAAAUGGUGUAGUGAAAAAACAGAGACCGGACAGGAGCUUGAGUGCCUCCAGGACCACCUCGACGACCUGGCUGUAGAGUGCAGAGAUAUAGUUGGCAACCUCACCGAGUUAGAGUCCGAGGAUAUUCAAAUAGAAGCCUUGCUGAUGAGAGCCUGUGAACCCAUAAUUCAGAACUUUUGCCAUGACGUGGCAGAUAACCAGAUUGACUCUGGGGACCUGAUGGAGUGUCUGAUUCAAAACAAACACCAGAAGGAUAUGAAUGAGAAGUGCGCCAUUGGAGUCACCCACUUCCAGCUGGUACAGAUGAAGGAUUUUCGCUUCUCUUACAAGUUUAAAAUGGCCUGCAAGGAGGAUGUGUUGAAGCUUUGCCCCAACAUAAAAAAGAAGGUGGACGUGGUGAUCUGCCUGAGCACCACCGUGCGCAAUGACACUCUCCAGGAAGCCAAGGAACACAGGGUAUCCCUGAAGUGCCGCAAGCAGCUACGGGUGGAAGAGCUAGAGAUGACAGAGGAUAUCCGCCUGGAACCAGAUCUGUAUGAAGCUUGCAAGACCGACAUCAAGAAUUACUGUUCCACUGUGCAGUAUGGCAACGCUCAGAUUAUUGAAUGUCUGAAAGAAAACAAGAAGCAGCUAAGUACCCGUUGCCACCAGAAAGUUUUUAAGCUGCAGGAGACAGAGAUGAUGGACCCAGAACUAGACUAUACGCUCAUGAGAGUCUGCAAGCAGAUGAUAAAGAGGUUCUGUCCAGAAGCAGAUUCCAAAACCAUGUUGCAAUGCUUGAAGCAAAAUAAAAACAGUGAAUUGAUGGAUCCCAAAUGCAAACAGAUGAUAACCAAGCGCCAGAUCACCCAGAACACAGAUUACCGCUUAAACCCUGUGUUAAGGAAAGCCUGUAAAGCUGACAUUCCUAAAUUCUGCCAUGGUAUCCUGACAAAGGCCAAGGAUGAUUCAGAGCUAGAAGGUCAAGUCAUCUCUUGCCUCAAGCUGAGAUAUGCUGAUCAGCGGCUCUCUUCAGACUGUGAAGACCAGAUCCGGAUUAUUAUCCAGGAGUCUGCUCUGGAUUACAGACUAGAUCCUCAGCUCCAGCUACACUGCUCAGAUGAGAUCUCCAAUCUGUGUGCUGAAGAAGCAGCAGCCCAAGAACAGACGGGUCAAGUAGAGGAGUGUCUCAAAGUUAACCUGCUCAAAAUCAAAACAGACACCUGUAAAAAGGAAGUGUUAAACAUGCUGAAGGAAAGCAAAGCAGACAUCUUUGUGGACCCAGUCCUUCAUACAGCCUGUGCCCUGGACAUUAAACACCACUGUGCAGCCAUUACCCCUGGCCGAGGGCGUCAAAUGUCCUGCCUUAUGGAGGCCCUGGAGGAUAAGCGGGUAAGAUUACAACCUGAGUGCAAAAAACGCCUCAAUGACCGGAUUGAAAUGUGGAGUUACGCAGCAAAGGUGGCCCCCGCAGAUGGCUUCUCUGACCUUGCCAUGCAAGUGAUGACCUCUCCAUCAAAGAACUACAUUCUCUCUGUCAUCAGUGGGAGCAUCUGUAUAUUGUUCCUGAUUGGUCUGAUGUGUGGACGUAUCACCAAGCGAGUAACACGAGAGCUCAAGGACAGGUAGAGCCACCUUGACCAGCAGAGGAACGGCCUGUUGGUGCCCAGUGUAUACAGCCCUCCUGUAUAGUGUACCCACUCACCUCGUUCUUCUCGGAGGUGGCACCAACACCUGCGUUAGAGCAGCAGCAGGUAUCCUCUGCACUGUCCCGUCUCCAACUUCGCCCAUGUCCAUGGUGUCCUCCUCCUCCUCGACCAUUUUGUGCAGCAUCAGCAGCUGGCCGCUUUGGUUAUUGCCUGGGUUGGCAAAUUUGGGUUUACCUGCCCGUAGACAAGUCUCUCUCAUACCAAUGGAACUACCAAUACUUCCAGAACCAACUUACCUGACCUGCAACUCAAAUGAUUUUUUAAAAAAAAACAAACACCAAAAAAAAAAAAAAGAAAUUUUUAAAGAAAGAAAAAAAUGUAUAUAGUAACACAUCUCCUCCAGGCUUGAUUUGGGCAAUGGGGUUAUUUCUUCUGUGUGACUAUAAAAUGAAGGCAGGACUUUAGGGGAAAACACACACCCAAUAUGCUAUCACUGGGAUGUCUUGCUCAUUUCUCAAAAGCACCUUUGGACCAUGUGGGGGCCAUGGACUUCACCGAGGAGUGGGAAACCACUAACCAGCCUGCUUUGGGUCUUGUUUUCUUCUGCUGAAAUAGUGAUGCCUUCCAGUUCCCAUGUUAAUAGAGCCACUGCUGGUCACGACCCCAAGGCCAUGAGUAUUUCUAUGAUCUUCUCACUUCAGUGAAGUAGAGCAAGCAUGAGCUUCCCUAGGCCAACGGCACAUGAGUUGGGAGGAGAUCAGAAGUGUGUGAAUCUGGUCAGUCACUUGAUCUGCACGGGGAGGCUGGACCCUGCAUCCCCAGGAGCAGGAUCCCAGGCACCUUUCUCCUCCAGGCUAGCACAGGACUCAGCCACACUUGGAUUGACCCUGCUGAGAGAUAGCAGUUAUUCUAGAAGGCCUGCCAGGAGGCAAUGACUACAGGAGGGGAGGGAGCUCAGGGCAGGAAGGAGGGGGCAGGGAUUGUUUCACUUUGCUUUGUGUUUCAGGCAACAGUGCAGGUCAGAGACAGUGGCUUAUACAGAUUUAGCAUGGUCUUAGGGUAUGACUGGCAGUCCAACCUGACCCUUCUGCGGGCUCAAGGCCACCUUCCCAGACAAGCUCUCUUAUGCCUCUUUGUGGAGAGGACUUGGAAAGUUACUAUGUUAAAAGAUGGAGCUUUUUCUCCUUUUUUUUUUCCUUUCCAUUUACUGCGUACACCCACUGUAGUAGGCAUUGGCUAAACAUUGUACUUUAAUGAUUCAUCAGUCUUUCCAGAAUCUGAGCUUUACGGAAGCAGUCUUCCUGGCCAUCCUCCCUCGUCUUUCCAGUGUGGGAUGGCAGGUUUGGAGUAUAACGGGGAGGGGUGCAGGCAUCACAGUGCAACCUGGCACACCUUAGUUUGAGUUUGGGGCGUGGAGUUAUGGUGGCUGCACCAGAAGGCGGCAUGUACAGUAGGAGAUAUAUUUAUAUAAUAUAUAUUUUAUUAACCUGUUAGACGUUCCACAGAGUAUUAUAAAUCACGUGCCUAAAACUGUCCACAUAGACCAUGGCACCCUUCCUUGCCCUCGCCCUCCUUUGCCACCGUCCACGUGGGCUGCAGGACCUACACAACAUUUGUCUCCCCUGAAAUGUGUUCGAUACAAAGUGGGUCAGUUUGUGGAUCAGUUGAUUCAAAUUACUCCUUGUCUAAUCUGACUGACAUAUUUUUGAAUACUGUGGUUUUCUUCUUUUUGUUGUUGCUACCCUUCCUGGAGUCGGGGGUCCAGAAGCCAGCUGUAUCCCCCUGCCUGGGGUACGUCCAGUCACCAAGGAGAGCUGCUAAGCUGCUUGGUCCCCUCUGUCCUGCUCUUAGGCUCUUCCUGGGAUUACUCAGUCAUAAAACUUGAAACUCUUGGGAGUCUAGGCCACAGCCCCCUACUACCACCUUUGUGGGACUGAUUUGGGCUGGUCCAGAUGGUCCACCUCCAGGAGAUCCCAGCUGGGAUGUGGAAGCUUGGGAAGGAGAACUGGAGAUGUCAUCUAAAUGCAAGCCCCCAACUGAUGUGUCUGGCGUGGUUUACAGGAUAGAACAAACAUUCACCAUUUGAUGAGUGUGCGGUACCAUUCUCCAUUUGUACAUUCUCCCUCCCAGUAUAUGUAAAAUAUCUCCAUAGUUGAAUGUGCCUCGACAUUUUGGUUUUGUCUGAAGUGAGAGACAGUCUCAUUAGUUGUCUGCAGCAAAUCUGGAUGCUUGAAAAGGAGUUUGAUUCUUGAAAUAUUUGUCAUCUUUAGAAAUGGUCAAAAUAAAAGGGAUACUUCUGCCAGUA